AUGAGGCUCACGUGCGCGCUCCUAGUGAUGAUGUUCUCGGUCACGCGCGCUGUCGGGGCCUCUUCAGUGUCAUCGUGGGCAGCAGUCGCGUGUCCAUCGCGCGUCGUCACGAAGGAGGAUGUGGGCAAGCCGAUCGUCCUGCUCGGCGCGUGGGUGCGCGCCGGUAACGGCACCGACGGGUCGAAAGAUCGUCACCCAUCCAUCGCGUCGCUGAGGAUAACGUCUAACCCGCGCCACGGCGCGCUGUACUGGCGCGCGAAGCCCGUGCUCGAGGGCGACGCGGUGCCAGCCGAGAUGGGUUGGGAGAGAUGCUCCGAAGUGUCGUCGCGCGCCUUCGCCGACGCCUGGCCGGUGGGAGACCCUCCGCUCGCGACCCCCGAAUGGCCGUGCGACGUCGUCGUCAACGCAAACGCACCCUCACCCACGCACGCCGCCGCCGCCGCCGCCGGGGUGGUCGUUCAGCCCAUCUGCGCCGAGGUGCUCUACGCGCCGGACGCGAAUUAUCACAACUGGCCGAGCGGGGUCGACGCGCUGGGCAAUCGACGCGUCCCGGGGUCGAACCCGACGCGUGAUGAAGCCCCGGACGCGUUCGGCUUCGAGUUCGACCUUGUGGCCGGUGACGCGUCGGCCGCGGGCGGCGCGGGCGGCGCGGCGGACGCGAUGAGCUCGUCCGCGGCGUCGGCGGCGUCGGUGCUCGUCGCCGCCGUUCCCGAUGCCCCGGCGCUGACUUACACGGCUGCGCCGAUCGAGGACGGCGACGUCGCGCGUGAGGGCGACCGACCCGCGCUGCACGCCGCGCUCCUGACCCGCACGCGCGUCCGGGGGAUCGCGCUGCGUGACGUCGACGAGGGUUCGUUCGCCGUGACGGUUCGUAUCCAAUCCGCCGUCGGCAACUACGUCUCCGUCGCGGGCGCGGGCGCCGACGUUCUGGCCAGGGCCGUCAAUCCCUUCCGUCUCGGCGACGGGGUCAUGGACGCGGGGGUCAUGGAGUUCACGGCGUUGCCCGAGGACGCCGCGCGAAUGCUCGCCGCGCUGGAGUACGUCCACGUCGUCGACGAUGUAUACGACGAGCGCGGGUACGCGACGGACACGGUGACGGUGACGGCGACGGGCGGCGCGUGCCUCCGCUCGGACGAUUCGUUCGACGAUUUUUCCGACGCGGGGGAGGUGACGCGGUGCCCUCGCGCCGCGGACGUGGGCGCGACGUCGGUGUACGUGAAAGUUAUCGUGUCGGGGCGGGUGAAGGACCUCGGGGAGCGUUCCGAUCCCGCGUGGCGUCGCGGCUUUUCCUCGCUUCUUCCAAUCGCCGCGUCGCUGGCGGCGGCGACGGCGUGGUCGGCGUUUGCGAUGUGGUCCGGGUGCGCGUGGGCGUUGGAGCGCGCGGGGUUGGGUGGGGCGGCGUUGGGACGGAGACGCGCGCGAGGCGCGUGA